AUGACAAGAUCAAAACUAAUAUUUUUAGGAUUAAUUUUUCUAGUUGUAGUCGUUCUGUAUUUCAACUACCGAUAUAAUUACACCAUUCCCCCACUUUUGUUUAUCCCUGAGCAUGAGCAGCUUAAAAUCUCCUUACCAUCGAUAGAAUCAUCACCUGCGACGGCAUCUCCUGGUGAAUAUCAAAUAAUAGGAAUAUACGAGCGAGCACCAGUUUUUAGACUUGCAACAGAAGAUGGAGAGAAACCAUCCGGAGAAGGUUAUCUAUCUCAAAAUGCUGUCGUUGAUCAUCUAAAUCUUGUUGAACGAUGUCGAAAAGAUCCAUCGCUCACUGUUGUUGAUAUUGGUGCUCUACUAGGUAAUUGUAUAAGUUACUUUAAUCAAAUCAACAAUUUCUCUGUUGUGUUUUAUUUUUCGAUAGGUGAUUUCGGAUUGUAUGCCGCUGCAUGUGGAUGUCAAGUAUAUAUGUUUGAGAUCCAACAAAAAUAUAUUAAUCUUAUCCAAGCAUCGAUUUCUGCUAAUCAGUUCCCGUCAUCACGUGUUCAUGUUAUACAAAGAGCGGUUACUAACGCGCCUUCAAAUACUGAUAUGACAUUUUCUGUUCGAAGUGGUCAAUCAGAUAUCUCGAAAGGAAAAUUUCGUGUAUCAACUAUUCGACUUGAUGACAUCGAUUGGCCAAAAUCAUCUUCAAUAAUCCUACUGAGAAUCGAUGUGUCAGGUUUCGAACUCGACGUACUUCGUUCAGCAAAACAAUUAUUUCGUGCGAAACGUAUUCAUCAUUUAAUCUUUCAAUAUACCGCCUGGUGGAACGACCGAGCAGCACAACAAGAAGUUAUUCCUUACGUACAGAAAACGCUGGGUGCACAGGAAUUGUAUGUCUUAGAUCGAAUAGGUGCAACUAUUUAUGGACCACUGAAUAAACAGGCAGCGCGACAUUUUUAUGAAUAUCAUGCAAUCAGACGUUUGCAAACUGAUCUUUAUGCAAGAUUUAUCGGAUCGAAUGGAACUUCUAUAUUGGAUGCUGAGCCGUACUAUCUCGGAGUCUCAUUUGCAUAA